CUCGAUUUCUUUACUGUUUGCAAAGAUCUCACGAUUCACAUCUAUGCCCGUUAUUAUUUAACAAUGGAAAUCUCUACGACACUCAUCUCCGGGAACGAAGAUGAGACUGCAGUGUUUGCAGAGAGCUACUGUGGCGAUCUUUCUUUAGCCUUUAGAUUCAAUCUGGACAUCUCCCAGCCGCUCAGCACCAGCAGCCGCAUAGUAGCCUGCUUUCACGAGAUCGAGGUGGACGACGAGAAGAGGACGUUUUCGGACCGAGAAUCCAUGCGCCAAGGAAUAUACGAUUUAAUAUCGCACGUUUGGCCCCUUUGCGCAUCAAACCCUUCAAUCCGCCUUCCGGAUGUCAUUGUGGACAUCCAGCAGGAUGAUCUCGGUGAAACGACUUUCAGAAUCUCCCACGAGAGUGUCUUUCGAGAGUAUCUCGCAAGUCUUUGGCCUGUUUCAUCCAUCAAAGAUGCUCUUAUCCCACAAGCUCGUACGACCGAACCGUACUAUAUAUCACUUGGGUCUCUACAGUUUUCCGAUACAUUAGGUGGGCGCGGAGGGACAACUGUCACGCAUUUGAAAGAUCAGAAGGAUGGCCAAGCAUACGUCUAUAAAGGACUAAGCUUUCGCUUGUUCCUGGAAGGCGAUACAGAGUAUAAAUCCGAGCGAGAUACGUUCUAUCGUGAACUCGGGGUCGUCUACUCUCUACCUAGCCAUCCAAAUAUCAUGCGUGCUCCGCCCUUACUGGUGACCACUGGGCCACCUCAAUCCGCAAAUCAUGGCAUUGCGGAAAAAGACCGCCUCGUGUGCGGAACGUUGUAUCCGUUUCUCGAGCGCCAAUCAUUGCAAGAGGUAAUCAGCCAAAGCAAUGAAAAUCACUCAACCCUCCCUCUGACAGCAAAGGCAAAGUGGGCGUGUCAAAUUUCAUCAGCAAUGGCGACUGUGCAUUCAUCAGGGCAGUACCAUAUGGAUUUAAAGCCAAGCAAUAUGCUUCUGAACAACAAUAAUGAUGUCAUUAUAAUCGACUGGGAGCAAUGUGGUGCGUCUCCCUUCUUCCUUGCACCGGAAGCGGACGGCUCAUGGGACGUAGAGGUCGUCAUAAACACCGAGCCAGCCGAGGUGUGGAAGACAAACCCCGGGAAACAAAUGAUGGUUUAUCGAAAGUUCAUAGGCCCCCUACGUGAUGAUUUUGGGAUUUUGCCAAGGCGGAAUGUAUUCCAAUUGUGGCAGCUUGAAUGCCGAAGAGCGUUGGAGGCUGCAGAGGUCUACAGUUUAGGGUGGAGUUUGUGGGUGAUCCUUGAGCAGAGCGAGGAUGUGUGGACUUACGACAGGAGACAGCCAGAGGCAAAGGAAGUUGCGUGGACUCAAAGAAGUGAGAGUGUCCCAGAAGUAUGGAAGGUUUUUGUUUCUCGAUGCAUGAGCCUAGAUCCAAACAAGCGGCCUACAUUCGAGCAGGGAGAAAAGUUUUGGGGACAAGAAUGGCAGAAGCUUGAGGGGCAGACGAAGUAGAUUUCACGAUAAAAAAUGCAAUUUAGUACCUGGCGUUAUUCUAAACCAUAUGAAAAGCUACAGCUUGC